CUCGGAAUCAUGGGUUUCUCCAAGUGGGUGCCAUGUAUAAAUCAAGACGGUUGUCGGUCUGAUUCUGUCUUACACAUCUACAUUUGACCGUCAACAUGGCUCCUUCAGUGUUGGUUGAGCAGUCGACUAGUGUCGCCAUUUCGGCCAAAACACAGAGCAACACAUUGCAGACCUCGCUGCCAAAUCCUUCUUUGCAAGUAACGGCAGACCAUAAAAUCAAACAAGUCGAUGCACCAGUUUACGCGCCACAGAAAGGAGAAGUGUUGCUUCACAUUAAAGCGACUGGGAUCUGCGGAUCCGAUAUUCAUUUCUGGAAAACGGGCCAGAUUGGAGAUAUCGUCUUCAAAGAUGACUGCAUCAUCGGCCAUGAAGCAUCGGGAAUUGUCAUCCAAUGCGGCGAAGAUGUCACUCAUCUCAAACCUGGCGACAGAGUAGCAGUCGAACCCGGUGUUUCCUGCGACAAAUGCUUCCUCUGCAACGAUGGCCGCUACAAUCUCUGCGAAGACGUCCAAUUCGCCGGUGCCUAUCCUUACAGUGGUACAAUGCAGCGAUACAAAGUGCAUCCAGCUAAAUGGCUUCACAAACUCCCCGACAACGUCACCUACGCCGAAGGAGCCAUGCUCGAACCCCUCUCCGUCGUGAUGCAAGGAAUCAAAACCGCCAGACUCACUCUCGGGCGGGGCGCCGUCGUCUGCGGUGCUGGUCCUAUCGGUCUGAUUGCCCUUGCCGCAGCCCGUGCAUCUGGCGCCCAUCCCCUCGUUAUCACCGACAUUGACGCCAGCCGACUCGCAUUCGCAAAGGAAUUCGUCCCAAGUUGCAUGACAUACCAGAUGGACUUGGCAAAGGACGCAGAAGGAAACGCCAAAGGCAUCCGCGCCCUGUUCGGAGAGGAGGAAUACUUUGCCCCUGAGACUGUGCUGGAAUGCACUGGCGUCGAGAGCAGUGUGUGUACGGCGGCAUUUACGGCCAGAAGAGGAGGAGCAGUGGUGGUGAUUGGGGUUGGAAAGGCUAUCAUGAACAAUUUGCCGUUUAUGCAUAUUUCCAUGGCUGAGAUUGAUCUUCGCUUCAUCAAUCGCUAUAGAGAUACUUGGCCUCCUGCUAUCUCUUGUAUCAGUGGUGGCAUUUUGGAUUUGAAGAAACUGGUAUCGCAUACAAUUCCGUUGGAGAAAGCGAUGGAUGCAUUGCAGCUGUGUGCUGAUCGAAGCACACCGAGUAUCAAGAUUUUGGUGGUGGAUGAGGCAGAGGAUAGACUGUAAUAUACGUGAAUAAACCAUCUCUUACUAUAAUGAUGUUCAUCAC